AUGGGCAGCUGGUCUCGCAGUGCCGUGCUGGAGCUGUACAGGGCGCUGCUCCGAGCAGGGCGUCACCUUCAGUACACCGACCGCAACUACUACCGCCGGGCCGUGGCUCGCGAAUUCCGCCGCUGCCAGACCCUGACGGUGCCCGAAGACAAGGAGGAGGCACUGAAGAGGGGUCAGUUCUUCCUAAACAGCGGACUGGGUGGACUUAUGAUGGCAGGGGUCAACGGAGAUCGCAGAGGAAAAAAGGAUGACAACGGGAUUGGGACAGCCAUUGACUUCAUGCUCUCCAAUGCCAAGCUGGUGCUGGGUGUGGGAGGAGCAGCCAUGCUGGGCAUCGCAACGCUAGCCGUCAAACGAAGGGCACUCGCCACACUCUUUGUGCAGAUGUACGACCGGGCAAUAAGCGCUCCCACCAGCCCCACCAAGAUGGAGCAGACGGGAAAGAGAAGCUGGGAGGAGCCUGCCUGGAUGGGUUCGUCCCCGCGGGUCCUGAACCACGACAUGAAGUCCACAGUCAGCAGGUCGCUCCAGUCUCUGCCCACAUCCUCGCAUGCAUUCGAACCAGACUGUUUGCGGCGAGCUGUCGGCCGCUCGGCUGUGGGAGGAAGCAGCGACAGGCAGUCGGACCUGCUGCGUGCCCGGAUGCGCCUGUCUUUGCAGGAGCACCUGUGGGAGUUCUACCAAAACAGCGUCAACAUCCCGGCUGAGGAGCAGGCCUCGGCCAGGAGGGCGGCGCUUGACAUCUGCGCCGAGCUGCGGGUGUUCCUGCACGCCAAGCUGCCCGACAUGCCGCUCAGAGAGAUGUACCUCAGCGGGAGUCUGUACGAUGAACUCCAGGUGGUGACAGCUGACCACGCCCAGCUGAUGGUGCCCCUUGUCUUGGAGAAGAACCUGUGGUCGUCCAUUCCAGGGGAGGACACCAUCAUGAAUGUCCCGGGUUUCUGGCUGGUCCGCAGGGAAAACCUGGAAUAUUUCCCUCGGAACAGCAGCUACUGGGACCGCUGCAUGGUCGGCGGUUACCUGUCGCCCAAAUCUGUCCUGGAAGUCUUCGACAAGCUGGUUGCGGGCUCCAUCAACUGGCCGGCGAUAGGGAGCGUCCUCGAUUACAUCAUCCGCCCGGUGGUUCCCUCUGAGACGCUGACCCUGGAGGUGCAGUACGAGACGGACCGCAGGCUGUACGUGGACUUCCUGCCUUUGCUCGUGAUGGAGGACGGAACUUCGCUGAUCGCCAAACCGCAUCGGCUCGCCGCCGAGCGCCACGAGAACCUGUGGCGGCAGAGCUUCCGGGUGGCGGAGACGGCGCGGCUCCGGGCGCUGGACCAGGAGGACGGGGGCUGCCGGUGCGCGUGCCUCAAAGUGGCCAAGGCCGCGUGCAAGCUCAACCCCGCCCUCAACCGGCUCAACGCCAGCCAGCUCACCAACGCCAUCCUGCUGCUGAGCGAGAAGGAGGGCGACUGGGCCCAGGAGGCGCUGGCCGACCGCUUCCUCCAGAUGCUGCGAGCGCUGGUGGGACACCUGGAGGCGGGCCGGCUGCCGUGCGCCCUCAGCCCCAAAGUGAAUUUAUUCUGUGAGCUGACUGAGCAGGAAGUGGACGAGCUGGGGUACACGCUUUACUGCGCCCUGUCAGACCCGGAGGGGCUGCUGAGGACCACCGGCGCGCAGGAGCAGCAGCAGCAGCAGCAGCAGCCCUAA